AUGAAACAGAUUUUUGUUGCAGAAAGAGAAGAUAAUGUCAACAACAAUGAAGUAAUUGAGAGAGUUGAAUUCUGUCAAUUAUGCUAUCUGACUUUGAAGAAUCUUCCAAGGAUUGCAAGCUUCUACUCAGAAGUAAAGACACCUUCAACAUUGCCAAUGAGACAGAAGGAAUCAACAACGAAUUUACAGUCCAAUGACAAUAAUUUGGAAGAUGAGCUUGAUACUUUCACGCCACUUUUUAACAGAAAGGUUGUUUUCCCCCAUUUGGAGACUUUAGAACUGGAAGCAAUUAAUGCUGAAAUGAUCUGGGACAACCAACUUCCAACAAUGUCUUCUUGCUAUCAAAGUUUGACAUGCUUGAUCAUUAGUAAGAUGGAGAAACUAAAUUAUGUAUUUCCAUCUUCUAUGGUCAAAAGUUUUGAGCAGCUCCAGCAUCUUGAGAUAGGGAGUUGUAAAGAACUAAAGGAGAUUGUUGGCAAAGAAGAAGGAGCAGAAGCAGCUGCUACAUUUUUAUUUUCAAGGGUAGAAGUCCUAAAACUCAGUUACUUACCAAAACUUACAACUUUCUGCCCUGGAAUACACACUUCAAGUUGGCCCAAGUUAAAGAGGUUGGAGGUUUUUGGUUGUCAGAAUUUACACAUAUUCACUUCAGAAUACAAGGUCGUUUUCCCCAAUUUGGAAGAUGUUAGGCUGCAUGCAAUUAAUUCUCAAAUGAUAUGGGAUAGCCAACUUCCAAUAAUGUCAGAUUGCUAUCAAAAUUUGACUCAUUUGGUCAUCGGUAGCAUUGGAAAACUAAAAUAUAUAUUCCCAUCUUCUAUGGUCAAAAACUUUAAGCAACUCCGAUACUUCUCUAUAAAUUCUUGUAAAGAGUUGAAGGAGAUUAUCGCCAAAGAAGGAGCAGAAGCACUUCCUACAGUUAUCUUUCCACGGGUAGAAUCCCUAAUACUAGAAAACUUAGAAGAACUUAGAACUUUCUACCCCAGAAUGCACAUUUCAGAAUGGCCCAAUUUAAAGAAGUUGGAAGCGUCUAGCUGUGACAAACUACAAAUGUCUACUUUAGAAUACAAGGUAUGA